AGUGUAGUGCUAUUUUGCGGGCAUUUCAGGAUCCAGUUUAAACCCGCUGUGAUCUGAAAACACGAAGCAGUAACGCCACCACAAUGCAAAUGAAGCAUUCCUGGAUAUUUUCUUCGUACAGCUCUAUAUUUCUGAGCUAUUUUGCCACAAGGAGGGAUUACACAUUGUCUAUUGGACCUCUGGUGUUGGUAAAAGUAGUGUGUCUGUUCACGGAUGCUUUAUUGUGUGCUAACCUAAUCUAAUGAGACGUUCACUGUCAUUUGACUGCUCUGUGUCUGGGAAACACAGGGUGAGGUCAUUGUGGAGGGAAACGGUGAAAAGGGUUCACUGGUCAUCUAAGUUGCACUCAGGGUACUCUAUAGUAACUCCAGUCACUCUAUUAUAUGUUUGUCGUUAGUAAUACUUCCAAAGAAAUUCGCUAUGCACCAUUAAAUUGACACCUCAGUUCAACUUAGCUACCGUAUGCUCUGUGCUCAGGCUGAAUUUAGCAUGGAUAUCAACCUAACGUUCAGGAUAGUGAGCCUAAUGAAAUAUCACCGUCAACACAACGUCGCUUUAGAUAAAAUAUCAAUGGAAGAUGUAAACCUGAGCAGCAUCUUUACCAGCAGUGGCUGUUGGCGCAAUGGGACUGGAUUUUGAUGUAAAGACUUUCUGUCAUAACCUACGGGCCACCAAGCCACCUUAUGAGUGUCCUGUGGAGAGCUGUCGGAAGGUCUACAAGAGCUACAGCGGCAUCGAGUACCACCUGUACCACUAUGACCAUGACAACCCAACUCCAGCACAGACUAUGCCACAGAAGAAGAGGAAAGGACGACCUCCUCGUGCACCACUGCUUGGCUCAGGGGAUGCAGAUGAAAGCGGAGGUAACGGAGGUGGUCCAGGGCACGGUGGGAACACCCCUGGUAGUCCCAACCGGUCAGAGCGCUCUCACUCCCCAGGCAGAGAGACAAUGACGUAUGCCCAGGCACAGCGCAUGGUGGAAUUGGAAUUUCAAGGACGUAUCCAUCGCAUUAGCAUCUUUGAGAACAUUGAUGUGGUGUCAGAGGAAGACAGUGAUGCAGAAGAUGCUCCACCAUCUGGCACUGGUGGAAGUAGUGGAGGGGUGUGUAACGGUGGUGAUGGUGGAGCUGGAGGUAGCGAGGUUGGAGGUAGUGGCAAGGACCGGACAGAUAUCCCAUCUGCUAAUGGCGGCAAAGCCACUCCAAAGUCCAAAUAUAAAGGUAAAGAAAAGAAGAAGACGGAGCAUCAUCACAGUGCUCAGUCAGGGCCUGCAGUCAAGCUUCCUGAGGCAGUAUUCAGAGAACUGGACCAAGAAAGACCAGAUGCCCCUCCUCGACCUUCUUCCUACUACAGAUACAUUGACAAGUCUGUUGAAGAGCUGGAUGAGGAAGUGGAGUAUGACAUUGAUGAGGAGGACUACAUCUGGCUUGACAUCAUGAACGACAAGCGGAGGCGUGAUGGUGUGACACCCAUCCCUCAAGAAGUCUUUGAGUACCUCAUGGACCGCUUGGAGAAGGAAUCUUACUUUGAGAGUCACAAUAAGGCUGACCCCAGCACUCUAAUUGAUGAGGAUGCUGUGUGCUGCAUCUGCAAUGAUGGAGAGUGUCAGAACAGCAAUGUGAUCCUGUUUUGUGACAUGUGUAACUUGGCUGUACACCAGGAGUGUUAUGGUGUACCCUACAUCCCAGAGGGACAGUGGUUAUGUCGCCGUUGUCUGCAGUCACCAAGCAGAGCGGUGGAUUGUGCACUCUGUCCUAACAAGGGUGGAGCUUUCAAACAGACAGAUGAUGCACGUUGGGCACAUGUGGUGUGUGCUCUCUGGAUCCCAGAGGUGUGCUUUGCAAACACGGUCUUUUUGGAGCCAAUCGACAGUAUUGAGCACAUCCCUCCUGCGCGCUGGAAGCUUACCUGCUACAUCUGUAAGCAGCGUGGCUCAGGCGCCUGUAUCCAGUGUCACAAAGCCAACUGUUACACUGCCUUCCACGUCACCUGUGCUCAGCAGGCGGGCCUCUAUAUGAAAAUGGAGCCUGUCAGAGAGACGGGUGCUAACGGCACCUCUUUCAGCGUCCGCAAGACAGCAUACUGUGACAUCCACACACCCCCAGGCUCAGCAAGACCUUUAGGGGGAGUGGGCGGGGCCAGUAUGGGUUCAUCUCAUAGUGAAGGAGAGCUUGAGGAGGAUGAUGAACCCAGCAUUGGCCAUGAUGAUGACUCCAAGGGCUGGAGCUCUGAAAGGGCCAAGAGGGCAAAAGCUAAAUCGAGGCUAAAGAUGAAGAGAGCGAGGAAGAUCUUAGCUGAGAGGAGAGCUGCUGCGCCAGUAGUUUCUGUACCCUGUAUACCACCCCACAGGUUGAGCAAAAUUACAAGUAACUUGACGGUACCCAGGAAGAGCCAGUUUAUGCAGCGGCUUCACAGCUACUGGACCCUCAAGAGGCAAAGUCGUAAUGGUGUACCUCUGCUGCGCCGCCUCCAAACCCACCUACAGUCACAACGACAUAUUGAACCACUUCCACCACAACCGUCUUCUCAACUUCCUUCGAGGGACAGUGAGGAGAAGCAGAGCGCUUUAAAGGAGCAGCUGAAGGCGUGGCAGAGACUGAGACAUGACCUGGAGAGAGCCAGGCUACUGGUGGAGCUCAUUCGCAAGAGGGAGAAGCUCAAGAGGGAGACGAUUAAAGUGCAGCAGAUGGCACUGGAGAUGCAGCUGACUCCCUUCCUGGUCCUGUUGAGGAGUACAUUGGAGCAGUUACAGGAAAGAGACACUAACAACUUUUUCACUGAGCCUGUACCCCUGGCAGAGGUGCCAGACUACCUGGACCAUAUUGACACUCCAAUGGACUUCCAGACCAUGUGGAACCUCCUAGAGUCCCAUCGCUACCUCACUUUUGAGGCCUUUGAGGCAGACUUUGGCCUCAUUGUGAACAACUGCCUCAAGUACAACGCCAAGGACACAGUCUUCUAUCGCGCUGCUCUACGGCUCAGAGAAAUGGGUGGAGCUGUCAUAAGAUCUGCCAGACGCCAAGCUGAACGAAUAGGCUUUGACUAUGAGACUGGUAUGCACCUCCACCGAGAGCAGAGCCCAGACAGUCAGCAUGACCAGGAGAGGGACCGAGAGAGGGACCGGGAACGAGAGAGAGACAGGGACCGGGAUCGAGACCGGGACAGGGACAGAGACAGGGACAGAGAUCGAGAUCGAGACCGAGACCGACCACUGUCUUCAAAUGAAGAUGACCUACUUCUGCCAGAAAACAGGCGAAGGCUGCCUCUAGAAGAGCAGCUACAUUACCUGCAAGCACGUCUCGAUGAGGUCAACUCAGGGAAGCACAGCAUCGGCCAGUCACGGAGAGCCAAAGCUCUGAGGAAAGAGAUCAGUGUCAUCAAGAGGAAGCUCGCACACCAACGAGAGGGAGGCUCUGGUAUGGGAGCCAGGGAUUCACUGGGAGGAGAACGGGGCUCUCUCCCCCAUCACGCAUCAGCUUCUGGACACCAUGAUGAAGGGGGAGAGAGCAGCAGCCAGGAGAUUGGCGGAAAGGAUCUGGGUGUGUCCUCAUCAGCCUUAGCUCCAGAGGUGGGCCGUCGGACGUCUGUCCUCUUCUCAAAGAAAAACCCAAGAAUGGCCGGCCCCCCUAAAAGGCCAGGUCGGCCCCCGAAGAACCGGGACGCCGCCUACGCUGCAACAGGGGUGAGCUCAAGCUCCAUAGGCCCCCCUCAGCUUCCCCUGCUGUCGCCAAGCAGGCAAAGGAAGAGACCCCGCAGCCCCCACAGCAGCUCCAGCUCUGACAGCGACAGCGACAAUGACGACAUGCUGCCAGGAUUGCCCAGUAACGGUUUUGAUGGAGGAAACCAGCCGGUGACAGAGAGCUUCCGCGUGUACAGAAAUGAGCCUCGUCUCCCACGAUCUAGUUCAGACUCGGAGUCCACGACCAGCAGCAGCAGCAGUGCGGCCUCUGACAGGACCAGUACAACCCCUUCAAAGCAGGGCAGAGGAAAGGCAUCAUUCUCUCGCUCUGCCUUCCAGGAGGACAGUAGUGAGGAAACAUCGGGCACAGAAAAUGAUUCCUACUCUGUCGGAGGAUCACGCAGCGUUUCACACUUGGUGCGAAGUCGGGCUAGAUCAGGGUGCUGGAUGACCUCUGAUGACUAUUCUUCUCUGGAAGCCCUGGAUUUGGUGUGGGCCAAGUGCAGAGGCUAUCCUUCAUAUCCUGCUCUGAUAAUUGAUCCAAAAAUGCCCAGGGAGGGCGUAUUCCACCGGGGCGUUCCAAUUCCUGUCCCACCGUUGGAUGUGCUGAAGCUGGGAGAGCAGAUGACCCAGGAGGCCAGAGAACACCUGUUCCUGGUGCUUUUCUUUGACAACAAGAGAACCUGGCAGUGGCUGCCACGCUCCAAGCUUGUGCCUCUUGGAGUGGACCAGGAACUGGACAAGGAAAAGAUGCUGGAGGGAAGAAAAUCCAACAUCCGCAAAUCAGUACAGGUGGCUUACCAUCGCGCUAUGCAGCACCGCAGCAAGGUGCAGGGAGACCCCAGCAGUGAGACCAGUGACAGUGACUGAACACACACAAACCCCCUGUGUUACUCACAGCUGUUGUGGAGUAUGUUUCUCAAUACAGAGCCCAGCCCUACGUCACAGAUCAAAAGAAACAGUGCCAGUAGCACCAAGUGGAAAAUGCAUCCACUCAAAUGGCCCCAAAACACAUGCACACUAAGCCAUAUUUAAUCAGACAUGUAAAAUAUUGUAUUUAAGAGAAUUGAAAAAAGGUAUUAAUGAUAAUGAUUGAAAAAAGUGUUUAAAAUCAUGAUUCAGAUAUUCCUCGUAUGUGGUUGAUAUAUGUAACAAAUGAGAUCGUUUACACACGUAUAAAAUGAACAUAGUAUUACACUAUGACACACACAAUUCUGCCUCCCUGACUUAUACACGAUCUCAUGUAUUUGUACGUUAGAGCAGGGAAAUGCAUGUAGUGUACAGUAACUGCACACACUGUGGGCAUGGCUGUGAGAGCCCCAGUGCACCGUCUUCACAUGCAAUACCUAGCUCUCCAAAAGAAAAACAAAUAAUACCAGGCCUGGUGCUAAUGUCCUGUCAUUUAUCAGAGGAGCACAAAGAGGGACUGCUGCAGCCAGUACUGUGGGGAAAAAAGACUUCAUGUUAUUUAUUCUGCUCACUCUUUUUAAAACAGUCCACAAGCUCCUCUCAGCAUGGACUACUUUUAAUCACUCCGACUGCACAAACCAUUGUUGUGUGAUUUCUUCUCUUUUUUUUUCAUCUGUCAGUUCUGUGUUCAUCCUCUCUCUUGUUUUUACGGUUGUUUUGUUAACGAACGCUGGUUAAUGAAUAAUGACUAAACUGAAACACAUGAUCGUGUCACUGUCUGUCUUAGUCUCAGGCUGAAGGCUGUAGAACUUUUAUAUAAACAGAUUGCAUAAAAAAUAGACAUUUAAUAAAAAAGAAUUGAGUUUUUUAAAACU